CAUCACCUGCAGUCGCGUCCACACCAUGGUGACGCAGAGAUCCCACGAACAAGCUCCCCGUUUCGGCUUUCCUUAGGCAAAAAUCUACUUUCGUCUAAUCAUCCAUCCUCCGAACCACAUCUCACCAAACGAUAUUCCACCCCCAGCAUGCCGUCCUCGAGUCACCCGUUCAGAUUCAAGACAUCCCCCGAUGUACAAUCUCCCGCCGAUAAGAGCGCCGCAUCGCUGCGCGACUACAAGAGCGAUGGCGGCAGUCAUCGCCGACAGGGGGAUCGGGACAAUCCGGUGGCCGAGCAUGGCUCUCACAAGUCGGGCAAGACCCGGCUCCAUCUUCUGAAUCCCAUGUCUCUUCUCGCUCGGCGGCGUUCGCACCAAGGGACCAGCCUACGCACCACCGAUACAACAAGUUCCGUCCGCAAUAUCGUCCCAGCGAUCCCGGACGAUUAUGAUCCGCGGAUUCGCGGGAAUAUAGUGCAUGACUUUUCGGCGCCGCGCCCUCGUCGCAAUCUCUCCACACCACCACCGGUACUGCUGCAGGACGGUUACCAUCAAUUGUCGACCGAGCCGAUCGCGCCGUGCCUGGAUCAAGCAGCACACGCUGCCCAAAACAGUGAGCAGGCGAAGCGGCCCACUCAAUAUUCGCCCGUGUUCAAGGAACACUUUGAGGACAACCAGCCGGUGCUGCAGGUCGAGAGCAAAGCUUAUUUGCAGUCUUCCUUGCUGACCGAUCCUUUACUUGCAGACAAUGAUCCGAGUGCACUUCCCGUAUUUGCACGGAAGCUGCCUUCAUCGAUAUCGGAGGAAGAAAACAGACCUCUGGAGCCAUCCGAUCGGCAGGCUGCUGCGGUCCAGGAAGAUAAAGAUGUCAAGUCACCAGAACACCAAGAGCCCCUUGCUGUACAUGACGAGGACACGAUCGAGAUGUUGCCCCAUCAGUCACUGGGCCUUCCCAAGCAUUUCAAAAGCAAUGCCUCUCGGUUCAGUUUUGACAUGAACGGUGUGGAAUCGUCGGCCCAGGAGAAGCUUUUAGAAGAAAAGCAUAAAGAGAAGGAGGCGGCGAGAAGGGCAAAGGCUCAGCUGGAGGACCCGAACUUCAGCGACGGCGAGGAUUUCGACGCCGACAUUCUUGAUGACAUGUACGACUUCGAGGAGAAGAUACCUGGCGUCAAUGUCGACGCAGACGAAGAUUACGAUUUUGAGGGCUUCUCGGGCACUGGCAACAUCCUCAAGAAGACUUGGCUCGGUCCAGACCUGUCUCCUGUCAUUGCCAGUCCGUUGACACCGGGUAUUCCUCAGGAUGAAGAUGUCGGAGACAAUCCUGCCCCGGUGACGGAUGUGACCCCGAGGCUCUCGAAUCCAGAGCAGGCUGCGGGCGCCGAGCAAAGUCUCAGCAUCCACUCACUUCCCACGACGACAGAAUCGUCUGUCGUUCCUCCACAACUGGUUCAGAGUGCGCCUCCAAUGGCGCAACAGCAGAUCGAGGACGAUGACGAUCUGUAUUUCGACGACGGCGAGUUUGGUGAUCUCACUACGGAGGUCGAGAGAUUUGACGAAUCGGUCUUUGACGAUGAGACUAGUCAUCUGUAUGAGCGGAAAAUGGUGGCUCCGCAGCCAAUUCAAGAGGAGGAUGAUCUAUAUUUCGACGACGGGGAAUUUGGUGACCUCACCACGCAGGGCGAGAAAUUCGAUGAGUCGAUAUUUGACGAUGAAACCAGUCACCUCUAUGAGCGAAGGCCGGUUGCUCCACGCCCUGCUUCCAAUCCUCCCGCAGUCUUGGAGGAUAGAGAAAUCCCGAGUCUCGCGGAACAUGAGGAACCGCAUUCGGAGAUUAACGGCGGUCUCCGGCAUGCUCCCAGUAUAGCAAGCGAGUACCAAGCAGACUCUUCCAGGGUAUACGGCCAUACCCUUGAGGCAUUGACAGACCUCGCACCGUCAAAGUCGCAUGGUGGAGUGCUGUCCGAGUACAAUCUCGGGGCCUUCCACGACGCGUUGGCCAAAGCAGCCAACGACGCGUCCUUGCAUGAGCGGUUUGGGCGGUCGGUAAGCAUCAGCGAGCGGUCUUUGGGUCAAGCAAGCACGGCGCAGACUAUGGACACGCCUUCCGGGCUGGUCUCCGACGAUAGUCAUUUGAGCCAGGCAGUAGACGGGCCGGGCUUCGACGAAGUCUUGGACGAUUUUGACUACGAUGACAAUGACGCCUUGCUGUACGAUGACCCGAUCAUUGCCGCUGCCAAUGCUGAAGCGCUCGAGAACGACGAUGAUGGGUUCUACGGUCAAGAGUUUGGGUUCUACGCACAGUCCCUGGGGACCUGCAGCACGGAGCUCACUAACGGCGGCUAUUUCGGUCCCCGGGGCGUUGAGGGCAUCUCGCGGAGCUUCAGCGGUCGUGGCAAGUUCCGCGAACCUAGUCUCACCCCGAUCACCGAGCGGAGUGAAUGGAGCACCCGCAACUCGGUUAUCUCGCUGACAGCCCAUGGGGCUGCGAACCCGGCGCUGCCGAGCCCGGGACUGGCUCAAUUGGUCGACCUCGCGAGCAGCAUGGACGAUGAAAUGUCCUUGAGCGCGUUGAUGCGACUACGACGGGGCGCCUGGGGUGGGAGCAACGGAAGCCUCCGCAGCGGCAGCGGCAGCCCUCCGCCUUACCUCCAUACAGCAUCGAACCGAGCGAGCUAUAUCUCCGAUGGGAGUCCGACGGUUCUGACCGCUCCUCCUGAUGCAUUUGGUAGCUCCGGUGCCGUCGACUUCCCUAUUGAGAGGUCUGAGAAGCUGCGAUGGUCACAUGCAUCUGCGGAACAGCGUGUAGAACCCUCUACUGCUGAUGAGGAUAACUCUUCCUCCUUAUAGCAUUGCAUGCUACCGUUUUGAACAACCCAGGGAGCGAACUACGAGCGAGACCACGGUAUAUGGCUCUGAUGGUAUAUGGCUUAUCUUUGGUCAAAAGUUUUCGUGGCAUGUCGGUGACUUGUGCUCUAAAUUACGAUGUUUAUGCCCUUAUAUAAUACCUCGCCGCGUGGAUACGGCAGCGACUUGUACUGUACUGUUAGCGAA